ACAUGCAUGACAGAGAAGUCCUUCAUCGGGACAUCAAACCCACGAACAUUCUUGUCUGCGGGUCAAAAGAUCCAAACCCAGUCUUCAAAAUGGCUGACUUUGGACUGGCUAGGCAAAUAAAUGUACCAGUUGAUGGUUUUACAAAGUACGUUGGCACACUGUCGUUUAUGAGCCCAGAAAUGGUGCGAGGGCAUUGCUACAACAAAUCUACAGAUAUAUGGAGCCUUGCAUGCUGUGCAUAUGAAGUCACCACAGGCGUGAAAGUAGAGGUAGAUAAGAGAGGGAAUCUAUUGCGUGAGAGAUCCUGGGAGAAUUGGACAUACUCUGAAUGUCUAAAAGACCUUCUUCAGUCCAUGUUUCAACUGGAUCCAGAGAAAAGACCCACUGUUGAUGGCAUCCUGGUAGCCAUUGAAACAAAACGCCAUCCUCAAGAAACGAAACUCCAUUCUCUGGAAACCAAACCCGACGCCCAAACUCACAGCAGAAUACCCCGUGUAAAAAAGGAACACCUGGCCGUGGAAAACUUGAACCUCAGUCAUUCAUGCCCUGCUGGAUUUUUAGAGGAGAGUGACGAUAACGAAAUGGAAGACACACCCAGGGAAAGCUAUUUCAUUAAACAAGUCCAAGUCAAGAUGUCAAAGAGUAAUGCUGAUUAUUUGAAGUGGGCGGAACACUGCUAUAUGAGCUUGGUAGAUAAACUUCAUUCUGAUAUAUACAUGGACCAGAUCGAGGCAGCUAUUAAUGAGACAAUGGAUCAUUGCUCAGAGGAGGUUUUCCUGGAAAAGAUGAAACUGCUAUUGCCGCCCAAAAAGUUCAAACGGUGCGAAGUGUACCUGAAGAAUUACCUCAACUAUAUGUCAGCUCUCUACAAGACGCCUCUGAUGCCCUCGUUUCAGUGGCGUCUACUUGAAAAAACAUUAAGGCCUAUUUGAUGAUGACAAUGCGCCAUCGAUGGCCAUACAUCCUAACUUAAAAUGAUUAUGCUCACUUAGAUGUGUUUAACAUAUACUUUAAGUGAUGUUUAUGUAUAUAUGUCCUUGAUAAAAUUAGUGUAUAAUUGAAACAAAAAAUUAGCAUAUACUCCAUGAUGUUAAUUUAACGUUUUAUAUAUGUUACAGCAUAGUUGAAGAAAUUAUGGUGUUAACUUUAGACAUUUUAGCAUACCGGUAUAUAUUUGAUUUCAUUAGUGUAUACUGACCAAAACAUAAAUUUAAACAUGAAGAAACUUAUGUAUAUACUUAAAAAAAGUAAGUGUACUUUUGAACUAGAGAGUGAACAAGAUUUUACUAUAGCCAUAUAUAGCCAUAUAAGGAAAAAUGCCCCGCCCCUUGGCAGUCAUGUUUUUCAAGCAAACGUUACCAUUUUCGAACUCAUCCAAGAUAUCAUUGAGACCAAUCUUCUGACCAAAUUUCAUAAAGAUUGGACAAUAAAUGUGGCCUCUAGAGAGUGAACAAGGCAAAUGUUGACGUCGCACAACGCACAGCGGACAAAAGGCGAUCAUAAAAACUUUAAUGUAUAACAGAUGAAACAUUGGUGUUUAUUGAAAAAAUAUUCUACUUGAAGAAAUGUUUGUGUAGGCCUUAAUCAAAAUGAGCGUAUUCUUGAAGGAAGUCUUGUGCAGAAAAAUUAGCAUUGAUUGAAAAAAAAUAUUUUUAUUGAAAAGCGUUGUGAAAACUUAAAAAGGGUUUCAUUUGCUUGAAAACAAAUGUCUGUGAAUACUGGUGAAAACUUAGCAAUUAAAUUUCAUUUACUUACUGUACAACUAGAUAUAUAAUUGUUGACAGUCUUAUAGAUGUAUAACUUAUUAAGACAAAUGUGCCUGGGUCUCUGGUUAAGCUUUAUAUGAAAUAUCGCUGGCUUCAAUAACUUAAUUACUCAGGAAUUGUUGAGCAUUUUCUGUUUGUCUUUGUUUAUCAUCCAUAUCAAAAGAUAAACUAACAAAUGAUUAUAAUCAAGUUCACAUUAUUUAUAAGCAUUUCUAUUGUUUUUAAUUUGAUUGUAUUGGGUGUUUGUCUAGAUAUUGUAUUCGGCCAGUAUUUUGAAUACUUGAAUUUUAAAUCUGAAUAAUUCCUGUCACCAAGCUUAUUGUAUGUAUACACUGACGAAAUAUUGCUUUUAGUUUGAUGUUCUCAGUUGUUCUCUAACAAAGGAGAGAACAUAAAUAAAUAAAACUAAAUUUAGUUACUUAAAAAAACAACAUUAGGUUUGUUUAACAAAUAUCACUGUGUCAAUUCAGUCCCUUUUUAGAGCAAAAUAACUUUUUGGAUGACAUCCAGAUGUACAGGUGGAAACCCUCUAAACCGGAUCCUCUCUAUACAGGAAUCCCCUCUAAACCGGACAAAUUGUACUGUCCUAUUUUUGUUCCUAUAAAACUAUCCAUAAAAUAUCUCCUGAAGACCGGAAUCCCCUCAAUUCGGAAUACCGGUCAUUCUUUGGAUCAAAAUUGGGUCGUUGCAUAUAUAAUUGUAUCUCUCUUAACCGGUCUGGACCGGUUUUUGCACCUCAGACAUAGUCAAAAAUUUGUGAAUAGCUGAUUAAAAACGUGUGAAAUUAAUAAAUAUGGUCGACAAUUUUGCAAACUGUAAUAAUCACAAAACAACUUAAAAAUACUCGGCCUGUGAUGUAAAUAUCGAUCAAUAGAAGUUUUAAUACAGAUUAUCAUUACUGAUAACAAACAAAGGGUUCUUUUGUGUGACACUGAAAUGUAUGUAAGUGUUCAAGAAAUGAUUAACACGGUGGAAAAGAGAAAAGACUAUCGUUUGUGGUAGAUGUUUGAAAAAACAGAUCGUUUUUGACAUGUUUUUCUGUCUGAAAAGUCACCUAACACAUGCAUAUAAUAUUGUUUGUUUUUCAGGGUGCACUGUUUGAUCUACCGGUAUGUUGUGACUGGUAGUGAUUUCGAAUCAACAGAUUAAUUGAUAUGUGGUGUUCUUAUGUGAUGCAAUAUGAAUGAAUGUCAGAUAAAUAAUGUAGCGAGGAUUUCCAAUAUGUUUUUUUCCACAAUAGGCUAUGUAAUUGACCUUCUUGAAAGUAAAAUUUUCCCUCUAAACCAGAAUCCUCUCUAAACCGAAAUUUCCUCUCUAGUUUCCGGUUUAGAGAAUUCAACUGUAAAUAAUAAUUGUCAACUUGUAAAUGAAAUGUUGAUGUUAAUUUUUUCCAAUUUAGCAUAAUAUGUCUUAAAAUAUGAUACUUUUUGAGAUUGCAUAUUGUACCGGGUAUUUAUCAAUGAACUUGAUUUUUCAACAAUGAUUUCUUGCCCUUUAUAUUUUGAAUGAAAUUUAAAACUACAUGUAUCUAUUUAUAUUUUUAUUUAUUAGUUACAGUCGGUAAAUUUUCAAAAUGUGAUACAUUGCUGUGCUUUAUUUUAGCUACAUUUUAUAUUUAGAUCACAUUGUACUUCUUUUCGAAUUAUCUUGUUUAUUUGCUGGUAUAUUUGCUUAUCUUUUAGCUCAUCUAUUUUUUGAAAAAAAAUUAUGAGCUAUUGUCAUCACCUUGGCGUCGGCGUUGGCGUCGGCGUCCGGUUAAGUUUUGCGUUUAGGUCCACUUUUCUCAGAAAGUAUCAAUGCUAUUGCAUUCAAACUUGGUACACUUACUUACUAUCAUUAGGGGACUGGGCAGACAAAGUUAGAUAACUCUGGCUUGUAUUUUGACAGAAUUACCGGUAUGUGCCCUUUUUAUACUUAGAAAAUUGAAAAUUUUGGUUAAGUUUUGCGUUUAGGUCCACUUUUCUCAGAAAGUAUCAAUGCUUUUGCAUUCAAACUUGGUACACUUACUUAUUAUCAUGAGGGGACUGGGCAGGCAAAGUUAGAUAACUCUGGCGUUCAUUUUGACAGAAUUAUGUGCCCUUUUUAUACUUAGAAAAUUGAAAAUUUUGGUUAAGUUUUGUGUUUAGGUCCAUUUUAUUCCUUAAGUAUCAAAGCUAUUGCUUUCAUACUUGCAACACUUACUAACUAUCAUAAGGGGACUGUGCAGGCAAAGUAAUGUAACUGUGACUGGCAUUUUGACAGAAUUAUGUGCCCUUUUUAUACUUUGAAAAUUUGGUUAAGUUUUGUGUUUAGGUCCACUUUAUUCCUACAGUAUCAAAGCUAUUGCUUUCAUACUUGCAACACUUAUUAACUAUCAUAAGGGGACUGUGCAGGAAAAGUAAUGUAACCCUGACUGGCAUUUGGACGGAAUUAUGGGCCCUUUAUACUUAGAAAAUUGAAAAUUUUGUUAAGUUUUGUGUUUUGGUCCACUUUACCCCUAAAGUAUCAUAGAUAUUGCUUUCAUACUUGGAACACUCGCAAACUAUCAUAAGGGUACAGUAAAAGGACAAGUUGCAUAACUCUGGUUGUCAUUUUUACGGAAUUAUGGCCCUUUUUUGACUUAGUAACUUUGAAUAUAUGGUUAAAUUUUGUGUUUCGAUCCACUUUACUUCUUAAGUAUCAAGGCUAUUGCUGUCAAACUUCAAAUACUUUCAUGAUAUCAUGAGGUUACUGUACCUGGCAAGUUGAAUUUUACCUUGACCUUUGAAUGACCUUGACUCUCAAGGUCAAAUUAUUAAAUUUUGCUAAAAGUGCCAUAACUUCUUUAUUUAUGAUUAGAUUUGAUUUUUUUUUUUAAAUCAUCUCACAAAUGACCACCACACCCUCACACUAUAAUCCCCCCACCCCCAAUUUUUUUUUUGAAACGGUUAAAAAACACAAAUAUUUAUUUUUAUUAUUUUAUGUUUAAAAUACCGUCCAACCAUCGCACC